UGUUGAUGGCAGGAGGAGGAAGAUGAUUACUCACUUUAUAAGUGUCGAUACUGUGAGGCUCUCCGAGUUUAUCUCCCGAUAAAGUUUAUUUUAUGCUUCUCCAGAGCUCCUGUAGACGGCUGUGUGAUUCAGUCCGGUAGCGGUUUAAUCCGGGGAGCCAGGAUGGCGAAGACAUGUCGUUAUCAGCUGCUUUAUUGAUUAAGAUGUCCUGUGUGCUGGUUCACCUUCAGUAGGAUGAUCAAAAGUCAAGAAGAUCAGGAAUUCAUUGCCGUGAGGGUUCAGGAUCCUCGGGUAGUGAAUGAAGGAUCAUGGAACUCAUAUGUGGAUUUUAAAAUUUUCCUCCAUACUAACAGCAAGGCAUUUACAGCUAAAACUUCCUGUGUGCGUCGCCGAUACAGUGAGUUUGUAUGGCUGAAGAAGAAACUGCAAAAGAAUGCUGGACUUGUACCUGUUCCUGACCUGCCUGGGAAAUCAUUCUUUUCCUUUAACAACACAGACUUCAUUGAAAAAAGGAGACAGGGUCUACAGACCUUCCUGGACAAGGUGGUGCACAUGACCGUGUGUCUGUCAGAUAGCCAGCUUCAUCUGUUCCUGCAGACUCAACUUCCUGUAGGCCACAUUCAGGAUUGCGUGCAGGGCCACACUCCAUACAGCGUGACUGACGCUAUUCUGACUUACGCCUCCUCCAACCGCGGCUGGGCUCAGGAGGAAGAGGACGGCUCACUGGAGCCAUGCCCAACGGCAAUUUCAUAUGAGUCAGUGGAGAGCAGCCCCUCUCCCCACGUUCCCACUUUACAAAAUGAAGAAGCUGCAAAUGAGUUGGACACCACUGACCUCGACUCCGUAGAGCUCAGAUUAUCUGAAGCAAAUGCAGCUCAUAGAGAUGGGCAGCAAGAAAGAAUGCAGGAAGGGGAUCGGUGUGAUGACCUGGUGGUGGAGGUUCACCACCAUCACGUUCCUCUUUUAGAAGACACUAAAGAAGAAGCUGAUCUCAGCGUGCCAGAGGAGACAACACAAACACAUGACAACACAAGAGACACCAGUGCAGAUACAGCCUCACAGGUACACAGUGCAGAGGACAAGUCCCAGCCAAAACAUGCAGUUAGUAAUGAUACAUGGGUCAGCUUUUUUCUAAACCACACUCAGCCGCAGUUCUGAGAAGCAGACCAGCUUCGUAAAUAACUCAGUUUAGAAUACCAUAAAGGCAAUGAUCAAACCCUGACCCCAAAUGCUCUUUAAAUAUUACCGCAGUACAAAUAUUUUAUGUUUUCAUUUUGGUUGUUUAUUAUCUUGCAGCAAUCUAAAACUAUAUUCCUUCAACCAGACACCUGUUGGUUAACCUCAACUGUCCACGGUUUCCAAGUCAACCCACCUGUCACUAGGAGCUAUUAAGGGGGACCAAAAUGAGGCCUGUUAUAACAAAUUACAUGGUGUGUGGAAGUGGCUGAGACAACCACAGUGAAUACAAUAACAGAAUAUCUGUGAGGAAAUGGAGAAGAGAGCAGUCCACUCUAAGUUCUCCCUUUGGACAAGGACACACUGUUAUCAGUUCAAGUGGAAAUAGGUCAGAAAUUCACGAGGAUGUACCAGAGGAUACAAAGCAGUUAGACUGUAAUAGUUGAAAGAUUGAAUGUGCUCUAGGGCAGACCUAUCUGGUAGGUUUCUUAUCUAUGCACUUUGUUCUUUCAUAGCAACUGUUGCUAGGUUGAACAGGCUUUACAGAAUGUUGGCAGUAAUUCCGUUCAACUUAAGAAACUUCAGUGCACACUGCAUUUUUGUCAAAUAUCUAUAUUUGGAGUGUGUUGCUAAAUUUGAAAUGAUAUUAGGACGGAGUAAAUAGAAUUUAGUUUUAUUGUUGUGUAAUAAAGGUUUUUAACACUUAAUUUGAGAUUACUUUUGAAAAAAUUACCCAAUCUGUCCUAACAGUGUCACCGAUUUUAAAUUAAAAAUGCAGUAAGCGUAGGUAUUUUAAGUGCUGCAUUACAGUUUCUCAGUACAUUUAAUGGUAUUUUUGCUAAAGCUUUGUCAAACCUGGCAACUUGCUGCAAAAGAUUUGCAACUGUGAGCAUUCUUACAUUUUGCAAAAAUGCGUUGGUGAAUCAAUAAUGUGAUAUGGUUGAAGACUGACCUGCAUUAUAUGGACCAAAAUUACACUUUUGUUGAAUUAUUUGAUUUAUUAUAACACCUGCAAAAAAAAUCACCUGAACCUGUGACUGGUCUGGAUGCUCACAGAACACAGGUAAAAUAUCGUGACUGGUUACAGUCUUAUUUACAUCUGGAAGCCCUCUUCAGUAUCAGUAUUGCAAAAGACCAAUAUUGCAAUACACAGUGAAGAGUGUCAUGUAACUCAAGAUGAGGGGAGACUGAUUAUGAUCAAUCAGUAUAUCAUAAAUAAUUAAGAUGCUGACGAGAAAGUGGACAAAGUAAAUUUUAACAUUGUUCAGGUACCCCACAGAUAAGCAGUCUCAGUCUUGAGGCAUCACUGACGCAAAUACUACUGACAUAUGUGUGCUUGCUUUUCACACUGCUUAACAAGAGUGAGAAGAAAGACUUGUUAGACUGCCUGGGAAAUGUCUGAGGGUAAACCCCAAACCGGCUUACCGCUGGGCUCCAGGCUGUAAGAUGGCGCACAGUCAUGUACAGAAAUUCCUAUUGUGCAACUAUUGUGCUUUUCUUCAUUCAUAAGCUCUUUUACUACUUUGGCUAAUAAUUUUCUCUGCACUGGAAUUUGCUGUUAGAAGAGGAGAUAUUAGACAACCACUGAGUGCACAAAACAUUAUGGACGUAUCAGAUGAAUCCAGGUGAAAUGUGGACUUCCAAUUGAUUUCAUCCAUUAAAUCCUCUACAUGAAAGGGGGAAGACCAGGCUAAGCAAUUUAUUUCUCAUAUUUAGGUAAAAGAGCAACUGGCAAGCACACAAAAGUUUGACACUGUUUCGCCCAUAGGCUUUGUAAGACAGUCAAAAACGUUGCCAACCUAUUUUGAGCUUGUCAGUUGUUCUUUUUGCAAAUAUGGAAAAUAAAUCCUUGAACACUGUGAUCCUUGAGUACUGAUUAUCCUUUUAAUUAAAUCUUAGAAUUUUACUUGGAAGUUGAAGCACCACAGAUGAUUACAUUAAUACUUUUGUAAGCCGGCUUUAAGAGACAUGAGACUUUUAGUCUCUCUCUUGGGUCACAUUCGAGAAGUGGUCACCAACCCUUCUUUUGGAGGUCUGCCUUGCUCCAGGUUUCACCUCCAGCCCAAAUUCACACCUCCUUCAGCUGUUUAAGGACUUUUAAAGGCAAUAAUUCGAUGGAUCAGGUGGGGUCUAUUUGGGUUAGAGCUGAAGUCUACAGGAAGGUAGAUCACCAGUAGCAGGGUUAGUAAUCACUGCGUCACCUUUCUGUUUAAAAGUAGGUUCCAGGUUGUGUUAACGACUGCAGUGCUGCUGAAUUUUUAAAGGUCAGCAGUGUCCCUUGUGAGUCUGGAAUACCACUAAUAAACAUUCAUAAAAUGGCCAACCAGCAGUCAGAAACGGCUUAUUGUUGAAAAGGGACACGGUGUCACUGAUGCAAAGAAUCAUUCUUAUUAAGCAAAAAGCCACUAGAGUGCAAACAGCACCUCCUGGUGGAGAAUCUUCAGCUUGCUAACUGUGAGUGAACAAGUGAUAACAGUUUGCCGUUAUUGCAGUUUGGCAUAUGAACAGGCUGUCUACACUAACUCAGCUGUCAAACUUGUUUCCAUAUAACAUUCAUAAAGUCACUGUUGGAACAAAACAAAAUGGAACUGUGUUCCAUGUAUUUCUAAAAUUUGUUUGUGCAGGUUAAUGACCUUUGAAACAAGGUUAAGAGUGGCCAGGAGUAAUUCCAUGAACAUGAUGAGGAGCAAACUGGCAAAUUGAAGCUGCUCUGUGGUCAAAAUAAUAACAUUUUAGGAAAGCAUCCAUAAUGUUUUGUACAGUCAGUUUAUUUGUCAAUGUGCUCAUUCUUGUAUUAAUGUUUAUAUUCCACUGUUGCAAUAUUCCCGCCACAACAAAGGUCAUUUACAGGAGGCGUGUUGCUCUGGCUGGUUUGAAAAUGAUGGAGUGCUCAUUGUGCCUGCUGUGAAGUUCUACAAACCAAACUACAUCUAUAAUAAUUAGGAUGGAGCUAUGAUAGAAGAAUCUUCAAGUUCUAAAUUAUGUUCCCAAAGUGAUAUUAAUCAGCAGGGCAAAUGUGAAGGUUUGAGUGCAGGGUGCAUGUUUGAGUCCCAGCUGUGCCGUAUACCAUCUGUGACACAAGGAGAUUAAAUAUCUAUAUGAUAAGAUCAUAGAAUUGAACAAUUGACAUUCUCCUCCAAGAACAUGGAGGUGAUGCAAUAUGCGGUGACACUGCAGUUGAAAACAUGCAGCUUUAACUCUCGCAGCCUUCAGUAGGGGCACGUUCUGACCUGCUUCGUGCUGGACUGAUAGUACUAAUAACCUCGGCUGUGAUAAAAUUGUGAGGAAAACAAUUUGUUAACAAAAAAAAAAGAAGCCUCUGUGCAUUUUUACUUUGCUGGAUUAUUUCUUUAGCUUCAGUCACAUGAGCAGAGCUACGUCAGUCUGAGAGAGUUCAUGCUUACUGAUAAACUGCAUGAUAACUGCUAACAAACAAAAAUAAACCAUACUAGCACACAGGGUUCAUGAUGUAAAUAAGGAUGCAGUUCUAAAUUGUAAUACAGUUGCACUGAGACGAUGGGAAUGAUUUUACUUUCCAGUGGUUAACCAUCAGUCUGUUUCACAAACACUGCUUAUAACGUUGAUCGUGAUUGUAUUGAGAAAUACUGACAGAACAGAACACUGCAGAAAACUGAUCAGUAGGAAAGGGAAAUUUUUAUUUUCUUUUUUCAAGUGUUAUGGCUAGUACUUUAUAUGAUUUUAUUGCAUAGGUGUAAGUAUAUAGUGUACCACGAAAUGGUAUACUAUAUUUGCCAAAUUUGGUGUAUAUUUCUGUGGUUUACAGGGAUUUGCAGAAGGGUUUAUUUGCAGGGAUAAUUUAGAUGAGAAAGUAUACAGGUUUGAAAUAUAGCAAUUUAUUUUUGCUUUGAACAGAUGUUACAUUUUUUACUGUCAGGUUUAAAUCACUGUACCCUCAUGAUUUUAUUUUGAAUAUAUUAAACAAGGAUGUCGAGGGCCAAGCCUAUCUGUGCACAGACCCUCAAAGCUGCAAAUGUUUAGAAUUAUUAAUGUACUUACUAAUGGCAAAUAAAGAAAGAAA